AUGAAAUCAUUUAGUUUCUUUGAUGUUCUCAUCCUUAUGUUGUUUUGUUCAAUCCUGUUUGCAGUCGAGGCACGUCCUCUCAAUGGUGCCUCGAAUUAUAAUUUGUCAUUGAAUGGUGUAAAGGCUGGUCCGAGUCCUGGCGAAGGACACAAAUUUACCAAUGCGAAAACACUUGGAGGAAUUAAGGAUUCUGGUCCGAGCCCCCCUGGUGAAGGACAUGGAUUUAAUAAUGCGAAAACACUUGGGGGAAUUAAAGAUUCUGGUCCUAGCCCUGGUGAAGGAAACAAAUUUACUAAUGCCAACACACAUGGAGUUAAGGAUUCUGGUCCAAGUCCUGGAGCUGGCCACUAG